AUGGAACAAAGAGGAGGCAAAGCAUGGAGGGAGCGACGGUGUUGGUUUGCCUUCGUAGUUGUUUUGGAUGUUUUGUGGAGUGGAGCUUUUGCGCAGAUCAGAUAUUCCAUAUCUGAGGAGAUUCAAGAGGGAACCGUCGUGGGCAAUAUAGCGAAGGAUUUGGGACUAGAUAAGAGCGCACUCAAAGACAGAGGAUACCGCAUUGUAACCGGCUCCACCGAACCACUGUUUCAGGUGAAUCAAAACGAUGGCGUCCUGUAUCUGAAAAAGAGAAUAGACAGGGAGGAGGUGUGCGAACGGAGCAGCCCGUGCCUGAUCAAUCUGAAAACCGUGCUAGAAAACCCACUGGAGAUUCACUACGUGGCAGUGGAAAUACUUGAUAUCAAUGAUCACUCCCCUGUUUUUCCGGAGAAAGAAAAACGGCUUGAAAUUUCAGAGUCGGCUCUGCCGGGAGCGAGAUUUCAGCUGCAGGCUGCCCGCGAUCCCGAUGUAGGCCAGUUCUCCAUUCAGCAAUACAAACUCAGCCACAACGAACAUUUUAGAGUAGAAGUCAAGGACCGAGGAGAAGACCGCAAAGUACCGUUUUUAGUUCUGCAAAAGCAGUUAGAUAGAGAAACAGCUGGGAAGCAUAAGCUGCGUCUGACCGCCGUUGAUGGAGGCAAACCGCCCAAGUCUGGUGACAUAAAUAUAAUUGUAGACGUACUUGACGUUAAUGACAACACUCCAGUAUUCAACAAAGAGUUGUAUUCUGCCACGCUUAAGGAAAACGUUCCUGUUGGCACUGUAGUGAUUCAGGUAAACGCAACAGAUUUGGACCAGGGUGCAAACGGUGAAAUAAUAUAUUCAUUUGGUAACGAAGUUGAUUCAAAAGUGAUGGAGCUGUUUAGUAUAGAUGAAGAUACUGGCGAAAUUAAAGUAACAGGUCACAUAGAUUUCGAGAAAAGUAGGAAUUAUGAAAUUGACAUUAAAGCAUCUGACAAGGGAACGGCUCCCCUAACUACUGACAAAAGCGUUAUGAUAACUGCUCUUGAUGUUAAUGACAAUGCGCCUGAGAUUGAAGUGACAUCAUUUUCUAGCUCGAUCAAGGAAGAUUCAAAGAUAGGUACGACAGUGGCCCUCAUCAGCGUCAGUGAUUCAGACUCUGGAAUCAAUGGUAAAGUCAUCUGCACAAUCAAACAAGAAGUUCCUUUUACUUUAGCUCCAUCAUUACAAGAAAACAUGUACGCGGUUGUCACCAAGUCGCAUUUGGACAGAGAAAUGAUUUUUCAUUAUGAUGUCACAAUUGUUGCCAAAGAUACAGGCGAGCCUUCUUAUUUAACUGAGAAGACGAUAAGCGUCGUUGUGUCAGAUGUAAAUGACAACAGUCCGGAGUUUUCAUCAAGUCCCUACACAUUUUACAUCACUGAAAAUAACAGCCCCGGAGCUUCGGUGUUUUCUGUGAAAGCUUCUGAUCGUGAUGACGGUGAUAAUGCUCUCAUUUCCUACCAUAUUCUGAGAGAUGUAAGCGGAGAUAACAAAUUGUCCUCGUUUUUAAAUGUAAAUUCUGAAAACGGGGACAUUCUGGCGCUGAAAAGUUUCGACUUUGAAACGCUG